GGCUCCUCCAAUAGUUCGGAAGAAGACCUAAUCCCCACCACCUCGAAACGCGAACCGGACAAACAAAUGCCGAACAACGUCGCCCCGAAAAUCGUCAGGACCAUCAGCAGCAGCGAACUGAACAGCAACAAUAUCAUUUUGCUGCGCAGUGCGAAAACGAUAGAUGGAGGCCAUAUACUGCUGCGCACCGAUAACUUGGUAAAGAACAAUAUUUUGGUGGACGAUGGCGGCGGAGAGUCGAAGAUCGGCCAUAUUAUUCUGCAGCCGAAUUCGGAGUUUAAGAAGGGGAUGUAUCUACAGGGCGUUAAAAGACUAGGGACCACAGCUCCUAUUUUUCUUUUAAGUAGUGGCGAUGUGGGUAGCCACUUGAUUAUCCACACCACACCUGAAUCGUCCACCAAUACAAUAAAAUCGGUGGACGGUACCGACGAUGGUCAGGUACUACUAAAAGGAAUAAAUCAGGGCCUGGAGGUGGUACAAGAUAACGAUACGGCGUGCAGUAGUGGGAGCAGUAGUAGAAGUCUCUCCACUCCUAUUGGUUCAGGUAUGGCGGGCACGAAGCAUGAUUUUCUAAACGGGGAACCCAUCAAGCUGCCAGAAAACCUGGAGAGCCUGCCCCGCGCCGACCACUUUCCCACCCAGAGGCAUCGCUGGAAUACGAACGAGGAAAUCGCCGCCAUCCUUAUCAGCUUCGAUCGGCACGCGGAGUGGCAGAGCAAGGAGGUCAAGAUCAGACCAAAAAGUGGAUCGAUGCUAUUAUACAGCAGGAAAAAGGUACGAUAUCGCAGAGACGGGUACUGUUGGAAGAAAAGAAAGGAUGGGAAGACCACCAGAGAAGAUCAUAUGAAAUUGAAAGUACAAGGCACAGAGUGCAUUUAUGGCUGUUACGUCCACUCCGCCAUCUUACCCACGUUUCAUCGAAGAUGUUAUUGGCUCCUUCAGAAUCCAGACAUUGUACUAGUGCAUUACCUGAACGUCCCCUAUCCAGAUGACAACAAACUGGCGGUGAUAACGCCCAGUUUGGCCCUUUGGGCUGACAAGAAAGAAUGGACGAAGGACGAACUUGUGUCCCAGCUGAAACCGAUGUUUUUCAGCGAGGACGAGCCAGAUUUAAACAACGAACUGGAAAUAUCGAAUUUUAAAUUGCAGACAGCCGAAACUGUGGAAGCCAUUGUCAGUCAGCUGAUGGAGAAGCAACGAGUUGCUAGACAGGCAGCUCUGGUAAAACAGCUGGAGUGCGGAUGUCCUGAUUCGACCUGCGCAGACGGAAAAAGUUGUUCCCAUCCAAUGCGCAGAAUAACAUCGGCGAAGUCCAGUUCCCCUCUUCCAAGUUCAAGUACAAAUUCUAGAAAUUCCAAUUCGACAUCAGAAAGCAGCAAUCAGGUGUCUUCAACAACUGGUUCAGGAUCCCUACACUUAAAUAAUAACAAUUCCCCCAGAGUUUAUUCACGAGAUCGAAGUGGUCAGUUGAGUUCCCAAAAUAACAGCAACUGUUCUUCUAGUCCGGCCAACACGCCACCAUUGGUUUUGAGUUUAUCCCAAAUACAAGGAAGCGGAGGUCUUUUAAUCCUUAACAGCAAUACGAACAGUACAAACCAUCAGAAUUUGGUCAAUCCCGUCUCCGUUGCCAACUUUAUGACGUGUAACACCAACAGGACGUUAGUUAAAGAACAGCGAGCAAGCCAUCUCAUUCUGAAACAAGAAGUGAUGGACACAAACGUCUCAUGCCUACAUCCUUCGGCGACUAAGCAGGAACCGAAAAGCAGCCAGCAAAGGGAGAGCAAGAUGGAACUUAAUGAAAAUCUACGACAAUCAAUGUUUGAGAGCAAUAUAUACGCUAGCCAGAGUAUACAACAGCAGCAAGGUCAUCAGCAACAUCAACAGCAUCAGCAAACGUCAAGGAACAAUGUACGGACCAUUUUCAGAUCACAAUCCCAGACCGAAGUCGUAAUGUCCAGCGCACCGUCCACUCCUUCUAAACUGAUGGACACUGGACACGACGACGUCACUACCGAGGAUUUUAAGCAUCAGAAUUUCUGUGACGAUACGGUUGUGCUGUUAGGAACAGACUCUAGCGGUUCCCUAGUGAGCAAAAGCGACGGUUCUUCCAUUAUUAACGGGGCGUUCUUCAACGAAACCUUGGAUCUGUCCCAGGAGGACAUCCAGAGGACCCUCUCGGCCAAUAUGCCCAUGUGUUCAAGCGAUCUAGAGAGCCACCAUCAAAACCAGGGGAGUGAGAACAACAAUGCGAAUCAGCAAAUCAAAAAACGAAACGAACAACCUACUUUAACUGGUGAUAUAAACCCCAUGGACUUCAUUGACAACUGUGACGUCGUAGUAUCACCCACUCACGUUGUCGACGACGACGUUUUCGUCAACCUCGACGCUUUCGACAUGCUCGGGGAGUUCCCCGAGCUCGAAGGCUUAGAAUCUAGUCACGCUUCCCUCUUAGAUGUUAAUCCGUCCGACGCAAGUAGAAAUAGCAAUAGUGGGAAGAACCAUACCGAUCAAAACAUGCCUCACAAUCACGGGCAACAGCAAGUCCAAAACGGAGGCCACAAUCUAGAAGGUUCAGCGAAAAUAACUGAUUACUCACCCGAAUGGGCUUAUCCCGAAGGAGGAGUGAAAGUCCUGGUAACGGGUCCCUGGCACUCCAACGGACCCUACACGGUCCUUUUUGAUACAUUCCCUGUUCCAACUACUUUGGUACAAAGCGGUGUACUAAGGUGUUAUUGUCCAGCUCAUGAAGCUGGCCUGGCCACGCUACAGGUAGCCUGCGACGGUUAUGUGAUCUCCAACUCUGUGAUAUUCGAGUACAAGUUGCCCCCCAAGGAGGAACAAUUAGCCGCUCCCGAACCCAAAAUCGAACGGUCCAACGACAACCUGCUAAAAUUCACUCUGCUGCAGAGGCUCGAGGCGAUGGACGAUCGUCUGCAAAUAAAACAAGAACCAUUAGAUAACGAAGCAGUAGAAGAUACGGCACUGUUUACACAGUCAAAUUUCGAAGACAGAUUAGUAAAUUUUUGCCAGAACAUGACUUCGAGGAUCUGGAAGUUUGGCGAGGAACUUAGUGUAGCCUGGUUUGCUAGUCACAGAGGUAUGACGUUGCUUCAUCUAGCAGCUUCCUUAGGAUACUCCAGACUAGUUUGCGCCAUGUUACAUUGGAGAGCAGAAAACUCCUCCCUGCUUCUAGAAACGGAAGUUGAUGCUUUGAGCCAAGACGAAUUUGGAUAUACACCUUUGAUGUGGGCUUGUGAACGUGGGCAUACCGAAACAGCCGUAAUGCUCUACAAAUGGAACCACACAGCUCUCAACAUUAAAAACAAACAGAAUCAAACAGCCUUAGAGUGCGCCAGAACUAACAGCCAUACGGAUUUGGUAGACGAGCUGGAGAAACUAGAGCUUCGAAGAGACAAAGCCAACAUGUUGUUGCAUUCUAGUCAGUCGAGUAUGGACAACGUUUCGCCUACAGUUAUCAGUCCGGCGAGCAGUAUUGGAAGUUUAGCGUCCCUUUCGUCUAACAGCAAGAGUCAUGACGGGGUUUUCCUAAGACCUGGAGCAGUUACAAGAAACGAAUAUCACAAAUCAAAGAUGUUGAACAUCGAUUUGGACAGCGACACCAACAAGUUUCUCACGUCAUCUCCCAGUCCGCUGUUGUCAGACUUAUCAUCAAGCACGCGAGGUAGUAACGGUCAGAAACUGAUCAAGAGGCCAUCUAUCGACAGCGGAAUACACAUGAGUUGCACCAUGAGCUCCAUGGAGACGAACUCGAGACCCAAAAGCUCCAAAAUUUGUUCAAAGGAAAACGCCAAACUGUCCAAAUUUGACAGGAGCAUGUCCUUACCCCUUCAGUCUUCCUUAUCGACCAGAGAGAACUCUUUUGACUCAGAUUCCAUUGAUUCUGGAGGUAGAAAAAUGGAUUUCGCUUUAUGCGAGUUGGGCAGCAACCCUCGAACCAGUAGUCCCCUAAUCGACGUCGAGGCCGUCAGCGAUGACGAUGACAAUGACAUCUGCGCAGGCGCGGCAGUAGGGGAACAAGACGCCAGAGUUUUGACGCUUGCAGAACAAAUUAUUGCUGCCAUGCCUGACAGAAUAAAGAACGAGUCAGAAGACCUUCUUAUGGAAAACAGUCCCGGACCUCCCGACAGCCAACAGUCCACAGAGACCCUCUAUGACGUCUACAUGGAGCCGCUCUUGGAACAAUCUUCUUCCAACUUUGAGACUACGGAGUUUAGUUUUGAAUUUUCCGAUAACAAUUAUAGAUACUGUGAUGUUGGUACGCCCCAAUCCAGUUUGAGCCCGGCUUCGUCCAGCUGCCUCCAGUCUCCGUGCUCUUUCACGUUAGAUUCCCCCUCCCCGCCCCCCACUACUGCCGAUUUCUGCGAGUUUCUCCAAGCUUCGGGCACGGUGUUUGAGAAAGACUUUUCCAAUUUAACACUCUCAGAUCGUGAACAGCGAGAGUUGUACGAAGCGGCCAAGAUCAUCCAGAAGGCUUACCGUUCUUACAAGGGUAGGCAGCAGCAAGAACAGGACAAGGAACGUCAUGCUGCUGUCAUUAUCCAGAACUAUUACAGGAGGUACAAGCAGUACGCUUAUUACAAGCAGAUGACCCACGCUGCUACCGUUAUACAGAACGGAUUUAGGUCCUAUUGCGAGCACAAGAGAUUUAAAAAGAGCCAGGAGGCGGCGGUCUGUAUACAAAAUUAUUACAGGAACUACAAGGAGGCAGGGGGUAGGGGCAGCAGAGAAGGCACCCCCGCCAGUUCGGGGCUUAAACGAACGUAUUCGCAAAGGCGCCAGCACCAAGCUGCCAGGAAAAUUCAGCAGUUUAUGAGACAAUCAAAAAAUAAGUUACAGAAAGAACGAGCAGAAAAAGAGAGGCUGGGGGUCCAGUCAGCGGAUGUCCCUCCAAAGUUACAAUCUCAAGGGGGCUCCUCCAAUUGCACAGGCAUAAAUAACAUCAGAUUGAAUAGCGGGGAGCAUGCAGAAGAGUCAAAAUCAGCAAGAACCUGAGUUUUAUUUAUUUAUAAAACAAAAAAGCUCUAUAUAGAAAAAUUUGUACUGUAUUGUAAGAUACCAGUGCUAUAACAGUAGUGAUAAAUAAGAAUAUAUAAUCCAUAUAUAAAUAAUAAUUUCUCCGGAGGUCAGAAGCCAUUAAGUUUGAAUGUAUAAAAAACAUAAACCAUAUAUAAAUGAAUGUAGAUAACACGAAAAAAUGAGAUUUUGAGGCUUCGGAUCUACCGUGCAGUUACAAUAAUGUCUAUUUUGACUGUUAAUUCAUAUUUUUCAACUGCAUUUACACAUGAAAAAUGCAAGGAUCGACAACAAAAGUGAGAUGUAUUAGUAAACAAAAAAAAAUCGUACGAACUCUCUUAAUAGGAACUGUGUUUCACACCGAAAUAAAUAAGAAAACUAUAUACUGAGCUGUGAUUGUAGUAAUGAGUACACUUUUUCCGAUAAACGCCACCUUUUUGAAACAAAUACAUCAUACACGUUAUGAA